UAUUAGUAUAACAAUAUAUGCUUGGUAUUAUGAGUGUAGGGCGGCACGGUAACUCAGCUGGUAAAGCGUUGGUCACACAGUUCUGAGGACCCGGCUUUGAUCCCGGCCCCGCCUGUGUGGAGUUUGCAUGUUCUCCCCGUAUCUGUGUGGGUUUUCUCCGGGCACUCUGGUUUCCUCCCAUAUCCCAAAAACAUGCAACAUGAAUUGGACACUCUAAAUUGCCCAUAGUGGUGAUUGUGAGUGUGGCUGUUUGUCUCCAUGUGGCCUGCGAUUGGCUGACAACCAAUUCAGGGUGUACCCCGCCUCCUGCCCAUCGACAGCUAGGAUAGGCUCCGGCACUCCCCGUGACCCUCGUGAGGAUAAGCGGCAAAGAAAAUGGAUGGAUGGAUGGAUUGUGUGUGUAGUUUACAGUGCCACUUGUGUACAACUGUGCCAUAUUGCGCUGCUAAUAUUUGCAAAUAUUUUGGUGACCUUAAUUAGCCUGGCCAAUAAAUACCAACAGCACUACUUUUUUAUUGUUCAUUUAUACAGCGGCAUCGCAAUAAAUACCAGAGCAAAAAAAAAAAAAAAAAAAAAGAAAGAACAAUAUGUCAUUAAUUCAAUUCAAAAACAGAAAGUGGACGUUGUUAUCGAUCCGUCUCCCAACUACGUAUUAUUUUAUAACAAAGUUACACUAUACAGUAUAUACACAUUGCAUUAGUUGCUGUGGUCGCCCUGUUGUUUCCUAACUUCCUUUCCGCCCCUAGUCACGCAUUAGUCGCAUGCAUACCUGCGUCAAAGUUAGCGCGCACCCACAAGAAGAAGAAGCGCAGGUCCUCGCGUCAGUGCCGCUGCUGGACACCCUCGAGUGCGGCUUCAGUUAAACGGGAUGAAGUUGGCCAUGGAGCACCUUCGGGCCAAAAUCGUCUUCUCGGCGUUAAUCGUCAUUUUUGACAGAAUCAUCCUUUCGUACCCCUUCAACGUGGGCACCGCGGGGGCCAAGAUUUUCAGCGGGUCACCGGUCGAAGAGUUUGGCUACACGGUGCAACAGGCCACCAACCACGAGGGAAAAUGGCUUUUGGUUGGCGCUCCUUGGAGUGGUUACAGCCAAAACAGAAAAGGGGAUUUGUACAAGUGUCCGGUGUCAGGGUCCAGAACCAGCUGCGACAAGCUCAACCUUGAAGAUUCCAUCAAAAUUCCAGAUGUGACCAAUGUCAACGUCAACAUGUCUCUGGGCAUGACCCUGGCCCGCAUGCCUGCAGCCAAUGGUUUGCUGAUGUGUGGUCCCCUCUGGGCACAGAAGUGUGGCGAUCAAAACUAUUACCCUGGAAUAUGCUCAAGACUGAGUCCUCUCUUCCAGCCUCAAACUGCUUUCGCUCCUGCCGUCCAGACUUGCGGAGGGCCGAUGGACAUUGUGAUCGUACUGGACGGCUCCAACAGCAUCUAUCCGUGGCCUCCCAUGCGAGAGUUCAUUGAGAAACUCUUACCGACGCUUGAAAUCGGACCCCAAAACACCCAGGUCAGUGUCAUCCAGUAUGCUGUUGAGCCCAAGAUCGAAUUCACACUGAACCAGUACAGAACCAGAGCUGAGUUGCUGAAUGCAGUAUCGAAACUCACACAAAUGCAAGGCUCCUCUACCAAUACCUUCCAUGCCAUCCAAUAUGCCAGUCAAUGGGGUUUCAAUCCCACCUAUGGGGCCCGCCCGGGCGCUUCCAAGGUGAUGGUGGUGGUCACAGACGGAGAGUCCCAUGACCAAGCCUUCAGAGAUAACGUCAUCGCUGAGUGCGAAAAGCAAGGGAUCACACGCUUUGGUAUCGCUGUGCUGGGUUACUACACCAGAAACAACAUCGACACUGAAAACCUCAUCAAAGAAAUCAAAUCCAUCGCCAGCGCGCCCACAGAAAAUUACUUUUUCAACGUGUCUGAAGAGGCAGCCCUGUCCAACAUCGCUGGAACGCUGGGGAACCGCAUCUUCAACAUCGAAGGCACAGGAAAGGGGGGUGACAAUUUCAAGAUGGAGAUGUCCCAAGUGGGCUUUAGUGCUCACUCCUCAAGUAAAGAGGACAUGAUGAUGCUCGGCGCAGUGGGGGCCUACGGCUGGGCCGGGACUGUGGUCCACCUAGUGGGCUCGAAAGUGGAUGUUAUCCCUGCCUCAGCCUUUGACGCAACACUUCAAGACAGAAAUCACAGUUCGUUACUGGGUUAUUCUGUCAACAUUCUGAGUGAAGGCACGCGAGAAUAUUUUGUGGCCGGUGCGCCUCGCUCCAACCACUCGGGACAAGUCAUCGUCUACAGCUUCAACGCCCAGAAGCAAUUCACGAUCAUCGAUUCAGAGCGAGGGAAGCAGAUUGGAUCUUAUUUUGGGAGCGCGCUCUGUUCGCUGGAUGUGGAUAACGACGGGGUGACGGACCUGCUGCUGGUUGGCGCGCCCAUGUUUAUGAGCGAGCAGAAGCGAGAGCAAGGUCGCGUUUACCUCUUCACCAUCACCAAGGGGAUCCUGAACGAGCAAGGAUUCCUCAAAGGCUCUCCUCCGACUGAGAACGCACGUUUUGGGAUGGCCAUAUCGGUCAUUCCCGACCUGGACCUUGACGGGUACAGUGACGCUGUAGUCGGAGCGCCCCUAGAGGACAAAGGAAGAGGUGUCGUCUACAUCUAUAACGGGAGGAAGAAGACGUUAGACAAGCAGUUCUCACAGAAAAUAUACGGCUCUAAAAUGGACCCUCAACUGAUGUUUUUUGGGAGGUCCCUUGAUAGCUACAAAGACUUGAAUGAUGACACACUCAGUGAUAUAUCAGUGGGUGCAUAUGGAAAAGUCGUCCAGCUCUGGUCCAGAGGUGUGGCUACACUCUCGGCCUCUGCUUCUUUUAAACCCGAGAAGAUCAACAUUUUCAGCAAACCCUGUGACGUCGGUGGACGCAAGAUGUCGUGUUUCAUCACCAGCCUCUGUUUCAGUGCGACGUUCAGGCCCCAAAAUCCUGUUGGACCCAUUGAUAUCGCCUACACAUUGACUCUGGACGCCGAUCUGCAGGCUUCACGGGUCACCUCCAGAGGGCUUUUUAUGAAAAACAAUGAGCGUUUGCUUUCAGGGAACGCCAGGAUUUCAUCGACUGCGCAGUGUAAAGACAUCCAAGUCUACGUGCAGGAGACACCAGAUUUUGUGAAUUCAGUCAGUCUGAAGGUGGAAAUCGAGCAGCAGAACGCCGACAAUAACCCGGUCCUCGACGUCUUCUCUUUGACUGCCUGGGAGUUCUUCAUUCCCUUCACUAAAGACUGCGGCUCUGAUGAGGUGUGCGUGAGUGAUCUUGUGCUGAGCGUUAAGACCGACACAAAGGGGUCCAGCUCGGCUCCUUUUCUGGUCAGCACCAGUAAGCGGGAGCUGUCAUUCGAGGUCACAGUGAAGAACCAAAAAGAAAAUGCUUAUAACACUCUAGUGUUGGCUACAUAUUCAGCCAACCUCUUCUACUCUUCUGUAUUUCCUCCUACAGAAGGAGUCAAAUGCACUUCGACGCAAGAGCAAAGUGUUGUUUGCCAAGUGGGAUACCCGGCCUUGAAAAAAGACCAAGUGAUGAAAUUUCAGCUCAAUUUCGAAUACAACCGCAAUCAUCCGCUGAAUCGAGCCAAGGUCCAGUUUUUGGCUAAAAGUGACAGUAAGGAGCAGGUCCCCACGGACAACCAAGUUGACAUUUCCAUCCCUCUUCAAUAUGAUGCAGGCAUUGUUUUAUCCAGGAAAUCAAACAUCAACUUCUACGUAGCAAAUUCAACCACUGCGCCCGAAACGACGGUGAAAACGUUGGAUGACAUCGGACCCGAGUUUAACUUCACUGUGAAGGUUUCAACAGGCAACUUCCCAGUCAGCCUCCUCUACCUGACCAUCUCUCUGCCACUCAGCACCAAGGGAGGAAACCCGCUACUCUAUAUUACCAGUGUGGAAACGCAAGUUGGCAAUUCUCUCAGCUGCGAUUCCAGCGGCCUGACAGACCCACUGAAGAUCGGCGUCAAGGACCACCAGGCCUCCUUCAACGAAGAGAGUCUCCGAGGCAUCGAGAAGCUGGAUUGCCAGAGUGCAACGUGCGAGAGGAUCAAAUGUCUCCUCAAAGACGCCAGUGUCACAAGCGACUACUAUGUGAAAGUUAAAACGAGAAUUUGGAGUGGGACAUUUAUUACGGCGGCCUAUCAGACCACUGAGCUGGUCUCCACCAUUGAUGUCGAAAGCUCCGACCCGGAUUUGUUCAUCAUCCGCCUCAAAGAGCUGCCGGUGGUGGUCACAGUGAGUAAACCGGGAGCGACGGGCGACGUUCCGGUGGGGGUGAUCGUUGGCAGCGUUAUCGGCGGGCUGGCGCUACUGGGCCUGGCUGUCGCUCUGCUGUGGAAGUUUGGAUUUUUCAAAAGGAAAUACCAGAAGCUGCAAAAAGAUGCAGACGCGCAGAGCCACGCCUACGAGGAUGGGGUGUUGUGAGCAGCGAAUGCAUCAACCGGGUUCCCGCCUUCAUCCUCCACGGCUUGUGUUUGCACACCGGUACUUCUCAAGCGCACUGACCAACUGAAGCUCUCGCCUUUCUUCCAGUUUGGUCCUUUUGCACAGUUGCUUGGAUAUGUAAAGAGACAUUUGUUCUUGUUGUGUUAAUACAAAAAAAAAAAAAAAACACAGGCAGGAUCCCUUUUUAUUGUUGCUGACAGGUUUAACACUGGUAUUUUACACUCAGGGGUAUUUCUUGCUUUUGGACUGAUUGAAUAUUAGUAGCGGGAUAGCAGUUAGCACAUAUCUACCUUUGAAUUGCUGUCAUGCAUUUGCGUGUUCUCCCCUCGUUCGUGUGGAUUUUUCUAUUGGUACCCCGGGUUUAUCCCGCUUUCCAAAAAGGUGCUUGCUAAAUUCAUCGGAGACUUGAAAUUGUCCGUAUGUGUGAAAGUGAGCGUGAACGGUUUGGGUUAAUUGCCCUGUGCGGCUGCGUGUCUUGCACACGCCAGAAAACGGCCGCCGACUGCAGUGUGGGUUCACUUUCCAUUCGGUGAUGGCGUCAAACGUUGCCGUGUGUUUAUAUGCACCCUGCAAUUGGGCGGCACCAGUUGAGGGUGCACGCCGCCUCUGGCCCAAAGUCAGCAGGGAUUGGCUACGGCUGACCCGCAAGCCAAAUGUGUUCAAGACUCUCGUCUUCAAACAAUGGAUGGAUGUAUGAAUCUGUUGCGAGAAAUGGAGCACAACGUAGAAUUAUAUAUUUUUACUGUACAUACUGUAAAAUGAAAUGAUGGUUGAACUUUUGUGUUUGAAUACUUUAGAUGUCCUGUCUACAAGUGAUAUUUGUUUGUGUAUUGAUUUUGUGGCUUUAAAACUUGAUUUUCAUUCAUAGGUGAUGGUACAAUCCUUUUUAAUACUAUUACGUGAGAAAUAGUCAAAAUAAUUUUAUGAAGAUGUAUUUCUGUUGUUGUUUUUUUUUCAACAUUUGUAGUCAGCCAAGCGUUGUUUUUAUUUUUUUUUAAACAAGAGAGGAACAGAUGUAUGUAUUGGCACACUUUCACCACAAGAGAGCAGCAAGAUCUAAAGUACGUUUUGGUUUCCUUGAGCAAUUUCAUCAUUAGGCCAGUUGUUGAAUGACUAGACACUUUUUUUUUUUUUUUUUUGCCUUCAGCAAGCAAAAUUAAAUUUAUUUGUGAUUA